AUGGCUUCUACCUCCAUAUUCCACGCCUAUCCACAGCUACGUACUGCUGCACCGCGGCUCUCACGACGUCUCUUCGCAUCGUCUUCGCCGUGCCUGCAUGCACCCAUUCGAUGCACUUGGGCCGCCGCACGAGGCUCCUCUGCACCCCGGCCCUCCGUCGCACAGUCCGUCAGAUGGAAGUCGACACAGCCAUUGCGGAGUAGCGCCACCAUCAUCAAUAACACAUCCAAUGCGGAAAGCGCGAUACUGGCCCAAGCUGCAACCCACAGCGCCCCCAAGUCGAGCAGCUUCCCAGAUACAAAUUCCAAGAGCGUGGCUUACUGGCUGCUGGGCAGUGCAGCCAGUGUCUUUGGCAUUGUCGUCUUCGGGGGACUGACUCGUCUCACCGAGUCAGGAUUGAGCAUCACAGAAUGGCGACCCGUCACAGGCUCGCUAUGGCCCAUGGAUCAGGCCACUUGGGAUAGCGAGUUUACCAAAUACAAGUCGUCACCAGAGUUUGCUCUUCUCAACUCGAGUAUGACCAUGUCAGACUUCAAGCAAAUCUAUUUCAUGGAGUGGGCGCAUCGCCUGUGGGGCCGAGUCAUUGGCAUCACCUUCCUCUUGCCCACCGUCUACUUCAUUGCCCGUAAGAGAGUUACGCCGACCAUGGCGUUGAAGCUCACAGGUAUAUGCGGCAUGAUUGGCUUCCAAGGUUUUAUUGGCUGGUGGAUGGUCAAGAGUGGGCUCAAGGACGAUCUUUUCGCUCCCGGUAGUCAUCCACGUGUUAGUCAAUAUCGGUUGACGGCUCACUUGGGUGCUGCCUUCACUGUCUACUGCUCCAUGGUGCUCACGGGUCUCUCCAUUUUAAAGGAACACCGAAUGCUUGCCAACCCCACCAGCGCUGCUGAGACGAUCAAAGCCUUGCAGCAUCCUGUUCUUCGUGUCUUCAGACGUUCGGUCGUCGGCCUCGCCCUCCUUGUCUUCACUACUGCCAUGUCAGGUGCGCUCGUCGCUGGUCUCGAUGCUGGUCUUAUCUACAACGAAUUCCCCUGGAUGGGUCUUGGCCUGACACCACCUAAGAAAGAGCUCUUCGAUCCCUUCUACAGCCAUGUGCCAGAUCAGUCUGAUCUCUGGUGGCGCAAUAUGCUCGAGAAUCCUUCGCUCGUCCAGCUCGACCACCGCCUACUGGCCACCACUACCUUCACAGCCGUCAUGUCCCUCUUUGCUUACACUCGCUUUGCCAAGGGUGUCCGCAGCACUCUUCCCAAGGAUGUCAAAAAGGGCGUUCAGGGCAUGGUUCAUCUUGUGUCCCUCCAAGUCGCACUUGGCAUCAGUACAUUGAUCUACAUGGUGCCGACCUGGUUGGCGUCCGCACACCAGGCUGGUGCCUUGGCUCUCCUCACCGGUGCUGUGGUGCUUUACAGCAGAAUCUCGCUGCCUCGUCGCGCUAUCAUGCGCCAGAUCAUGAAGGCGCCAACUCCCAGGAGUACCACCACACCUCACAUAAACGCUCGUCUCGAAGCCGCAAAGGCAGCCGAAAAAACCUUGUAA